AUGCACUCGCAACCCUACCACUCUGGUCAUUAUCCUAGGCGAUCACUGUCCCAAACAUCAUCCACCACCACCUCAUCGCGCGCCAGCCAGCAUUCAACCGAGAAGAAGCACUCUCGAGCAUUAUCCAACCCACUCUCUCGACGAAUUCUGGGUUACUCUCGCCAGACAUCCUCCACCAUGUCUCAACCUCGCGAUAUCCCCAACCACACCUACUUCGAUCCAAGCCACGGCUCAACUAGCCCCGUCCAGAUGUCUCCCGACGAGUCCUCGCCCCAGUCGCCCAAGGGCGACUUUGGCCCGAAGCGUGCCUCGACGCCGACUCGCAAGAACAGCGAUGACUACAAGCGUUACAGCGGAACCAUCAAUCACUAUGGCCGCCACUCCAACGACUGGCUCUUUGGUGGAUUCAGUGUCCGUGAGACCGUCCGGGACGGCUUCGAUAAGCUGCGCAACCGGGAGGGUUGA